AAAUGAGAUCUAUCAUACAUGGUAUUAUUUCAUCCAUAAGAUAUCAUAAAAGAUGGAAGCUACAAGGCCUCCUCCAACAAGUUUUAGAUGGAAUGACUCAAAUCUAUCCAUGAAGAUUGUGAACAUGAGACCAUGGCAAACCAAG